CCAGAAUUAGACUUCCACUGGCUCAUCCAAACCUUGAGAGCAACAAUGAGUCUCUACGUAAAGUUCUGUGUUCUGGUUCACAUCUGAUUCAGUUUGUCCUUGCCUGUACCCCUGCUCUCUUCUGAUUUUGCCCCGCUAGAUGUCUAACCACUGGUUCAAACACAAUCACCCCCCGGCCGCCGAGCCUUGUCCUCUUUGGGUCGACCUGAAUAGGACGAUGGCAGUCUAUACUAUAGAACUAUCUCCGUCCAUUUCUCAUCUAAGACAUUUUUCAUAACAUCACUCAGUCCUUGAAGCAGACAAACAAGUUGAUCAAGAUUUCUGAUUCUGAAACCCCAGCAUUCAUUUCCAACGAAGCUAGCGGAGGGGUAGUCACUUUACAGUCACUAUGGACCAGAGCCCCAUAGGCUGCCAGCCGUCCUCCCCUGGGACGUCUUCACUAUCUGGAAAAUGGUCUUCACAUGGAUGUGACAUCUCCAUGCCAAGAGGUAAUUCCAAAAGUGAGGCACAAGAGUCUUCAUCAGCCGCCGGGAUGAUGGUCUUCGAUCCGAAAGCUUAUGGCGAUCCCACCGCCAAAUCAAAGUCCAACACACCUUCUAAAGGUCGGCAGCCGGCUAUCCAACCUGUGGACACAGAAGUGCCGUCAACAAACCAUGUUAAUGAAACAACGAACCCAGUUCCUUCAGAGACCCCAGUGACUUCACAGGACCCCGUGAUUUCACAGGCAAAGACCCUUCAAACAUCAUCCACGGACGGAGACCGCUCAGCAGGUGCAGCGAUGCCUGCAGCAUUCACACCACCCGUCUUCAAUCCUUAUGCCUACGGACAUCCAGGCGCAAUCCGCUCCGUUCAGGGCUGGGUUCCUGGUAAGAAGUCGGCCCUGUCUCAGUCUCCUGCACAGCCUAGCAUCAACCCUGUGAAUGAGAUAAAGACUUUGCCUGACACUAGGAACAAUGUUACAGAAGCCCUUGCGGUGAACGAAGAUCUCCCGGCAGACAAGUCGAACCACCAUGUGGCAGCCCCCAAAAACGAUUCGAGUGCUUCAUCCGAAAAUAAAUUGAAAGUCAUUACCGGCCAAGAAGCUCAGGGCACGGCAAUCAAGACCACUGAAAAGCUACCAAACGGCCUCCCGUACAAGCCAAGGCAAGUGGUCUUGAAAGAGAAGAUGGAGGCAGCCGACCAUGCCAGCUCAGCAUCUCAACCAGGUACGGCUAGGGCCAAUGGUGGUGCUAGUGGGCGCAAGGGCACAAAAGAGGAGAAACCAAAACCACCGCCUGCGACGUACGAGACACUCAAGCUGGCAGGUGAGACGCCGGAACAGGUCAUUGCGCGGCUUCAAAAGGCUGGCACUCGUGAGAUUGGUCUUCGCAUACGACGCAAGGCCGAUGCUAACAACACAACGACCGCCCUUGCCAUGUUAGACUACCUCCGAAAGCCGCUGCCUUCAGCCGAGGACCAACAAGAUGAGCCGUUACCUUUGGAAUUGGACCCUAUGGCGGCUGCUCUUCCAGUAAAACAAGGCCGUCUAUUGAAGCAGGUUGGUACACUCUCAACAACGCCGGAGAAAGCUUCACAACAUCAGGAUGGUCGACGAGUUUCUGGUCAAGCCUCGCAUCAAAUCAGCGCUGACGAUGGCUGGGGUACACCAAAUGUUGCCGGAAACCACACAGCUGCUCCUGUUACCCCACCGAAUGCAAAGACCCGCUGGGCUACUUCUAAAGAGCUGAAGGCACCCAUCACCAAGCCUGAUAGCAAUGGAGAAGGUUCUGAAGAAGAAGAAAGCGAAGGAGACUCUACCAGGCCCAUGGGUUUCGGCAGACUCAUCCGCAGCACGAAGCCAGAGGUCGCCGAGUACGACCUCCGUGGUUGGGAUGGCAACUUUCACCCACCACCUCUUGACUGGGAGGACCGACCACGAUUCUACAACAACAAUGCUGAAUAUAUUGAGCAUUUCGACAACUGGCUCGGGCAAACCGCAAUAUUUACUCUGCAGCAACUGAGCGCAGCUAGACAAAAAGCUACACCACAAGAGUCACCCGACCUGGACAUCGCAAUUCUUCCCACAGAGUCAGUCUGCAACCUCAACAACCAUUCGGAUGGAAUUGGGUUUGUUCCGAGGGACUAUGUUCUUAAUCCCUAUGAUAAGAGUCACUUUCCAAAACGCUUGCCUGGGGAAGCCUUAAUCGACUUGACCAUUCCUGCCGAUUUUCAAGCUCGGACUCAGCUCGAUCUGCAAGACAAUCAGAACCAGGAAGCAAGAGUCGAAACUGCUCAGAUGUUCAUUGACAAGAGAAUGGCAUAUCUGGAACGCAGCAACAAGCGAGCCGAGGAGGAAAGGUUGCAGGCCAUACAGCAGCAGGAAGAAGAAGCGGCAGAGGCAGAACAAGCAAAACAAGCAGAAGCCGUUGCAGAUGGACCAGUACCUGAACCUGAACCUGAACCGUCGGAGCCGGUGAAACCUAUCACGCCUCUCAAAGCAAACAUCUACCUUCGACCGGCCGUGGCAUCGGAUUUUCCUGGCAUGACAAAAAUCUACAACUGGCACAUUACCAACGGCAUCCGUCCUCCCGAGCUCAGGGAGAUUACUACCCAAGACAUGGCAGGUCGUCACGAACUGUGCACAUCUAACCGUCUCCCGGUCAUCGUUGCUGUCGAGCGAACCCGCAAGAAUGCUCGCAAGAAGCCACUUCGACGUCGGAUGAAUAAUUCAAAUCAGCCGGUUCAGAACGUCGCGGUGAAGGAUGAAAACGUCGUCGGCUGGGCGGCUGCUACCGACUGGGGCGCUCCUGACUACGUCGAAACCAUCACUGCCGAACUAGAGAUCUAUGUCGCGGCCGAGUUUCGUCAGCAGGGCAUUGGCCGCUGUCUGAUGGACGCAAUACUCUAUGCCACUGACCGCGGCUACAAUCCUCAACGAGGCUACGAUUUUCAGGUUGCGCCCGAGAUCCAGCACGUUUACACCGGUGGAGGCUAUCGCGAUCUGCACAAGAUCAUUUUCCAGGUUCGCUCGUACAACAAGCCUGUUUCUCCAGAAGAGGAGUAUCGCCACAAUCGCAACAUAAUGCUUUCAGCACGGCGCGGCUGGGAGUGGGAGAAUAGAAAUGGAAGGGAUGAGUGGGAAGACCACAAACUGCCAGCUGUGCCUCCACCUCCCAAUCCGGAAGACUUCUGUAAAGAAGCCAAGCUCAAUGAUCGCGAAGACGACUACUCUGUCUGGCUGAAGGAGUGGCUCGAAUCAUAUGGGUUCGAAGAAGAGGCGUUGCUGAAAAAGAUCGGCACCAGAAACCGCAGAUAUGUCGACGUGCGCUACCUCACCCGCGAGACCUGCUUUGAUCCUCUCGACGGCAAGAUCCAGGACUUCUCCAGGGGAUUCUGAUUGUGGCUUGACCUCUGCCAGUAUCGACUAGUGCUACACCAGGGCAAUCGCAAUUCUUAUUGUCUCUUCCUCGGUUCCACCCCACACCCACUUUCAGUGCAAAAUCGGUCUCCAGAGCCUUGAAACCCUCGAGAUACCAAAAACAGACAGAAAAACAAUAAAAAAAAACUCUCUUGCGUCGGCAUCGGCGUUUUCUUAAUUCAUUUCGAUUCUAUUCUUCUUUUCGGCGUUACGUUCUCUGGGAAAUCCAAAAGAAUCAUCCUUCACCCAGACUCAGCCAGUGGGUUUGGGUCUUUCCUAGGUACUUGCUACCCACCCUCUUCUAGUGAUACCUAUUCCACUGCAGCCUGGAUCUCGUCUCGUCACGCGUUUCUGCAACGGAACGGCACUCGAAUGAUUCAAGCAGCGAGCCAGCAUUGCAUUUUACGGAGCUUCUUUCUUUUACUUCUCUUCGGCCUUUUGUUUUUUCUCCUUCAAUUCCGCAAAAAGGCGUUCGGUUCGGCGUUUAAACACGGACCAUUCGAUCGGUCACUUGAUCACACCGAGGCCAGAUCAAUGCAUGGUUCUACUGGCGUCGAUUGCAUGGAUGUGAUUUGGUGUGGGGGAAUCGUGCGAGAGCUUCAGCGAGACAGCGCAUCGCAACAUGCAGUGGGUGGUGGUCACAAGGCAGGCGUCCGGGGUUUGAAUGGACCGUGUAGUAUUCAUGUGCAGUGGCUGCACUGCAGGAGAGCAAAGAACUGACUAUCGACUACGGGUUUCAUGCUGAUCAUGAUCAUGGGACAUGGCACUAGCAUACAGUCAUAGCCGGGUGAACGCAACGGGCACUGCAACGGGCAUGAGCAUGAGCAUGAGCAUGAGCGCAUAGCCUAUAGUCGGGCGAUUUGAGCUGCACUGGUUCAAGUUCUGGGCUUCAUUCCUCACUGACGAGAGAUGCAUUGCAGGAGUAGUUCUAGCGGGCCAUUGCAGUGUUGCAACUUCCAAAGCACAGAAGCAGAAGAUAGACUUGAGCAAUGCUUCUGGCAAUGCUUCUAGAUACUAGUACGAGUAGCUAGCGAUAUUGAAAGCACCCUGGCUCGA